UCUCAUUGUGCACAAUACCCAACAUAAUCUCGCAGCCAUGGAGCAGACGUCAACAUAACCUCUUCAGUACGUCAUCGCAAUCACUCGAGGCUCAAGGAAGUGGCACACGAGCGGCGCAGCAUCUCUUGCUCUGGCAGAGCUUCUCGCGCCAUGGCAGACGCAGGCAGCGCCUACUCGGCUAACAUUGCUCAAGCGAGGUCCACUUCGUGGUCCCUGCCACAGCUUACCUUCACCCAGGGGCUUCUUGUUGGGCAGCUGAGCAUUAUCUUGGUAGUGGUAGCAUUGAUACGUUAUCUACUCUUCGAAGACGCCGCCCCACAUCCUCUUGAUGACGAGGACGAGGAGCAACCGCAAAGCGGCAAGGCUACAAGGCGUCACUUUCCCGUCUCCUCUCCGCCGAGAGCUUCUUCUCGCCAAUCGCUCUUAUCCCUUUCCCUCUCUUCAGCGCCUACCCGCGCUCGAUCUCCCCCUCCCACCUCCGCUUCCGACGCAAGUCAGCCCUCGGGCUCAGGUCCCACUCUAGCCACAUUAGCUCGGAUACCAGAAGCUGUAGGUUACGAUCUCGAGACUGCCGCAGACAUCGAUGUCGGCUGGCUGAAUGUCCUCUUAGCGCACGUCUGGGAGGGGUACAGGGAUGACUUUAUGGCAGGAGGAUCGGACAGACCUAUACCGCUCGUCGAAGGCGAGACGCAAGAGGAAGAGUGGGUGGACGAGGUAGACGAAGCUCUCGAAGCAACAUCGGCGCAACGGACUGCUCGGCAUCUCAUACAAGAUAUCCUAAAUAGGCCGAAGCUCGAGAAUGGUAAAUUGGAAUUUCUGGACCAGAUCCAGGUGACAGAAUGCCUCGUAGGAGACUCGUACCCAAUCUUGAGCAAUGCAAGAGUCAGGCCGAGAGAUGAUCAGGGCAGAGUGCGCAUCGAGCUCGAUGUAGAUUAUACAGACCUGCUGUCUCUUUCCCUCCAGACAUCUCUACUGAUCAAUUAUCCUCGGCCAAGAUUCGCAGUAUUGCCUAUCUCUCUCGGCCUUCGCAUCACUCGCUUCUCGGGUACGAUCUCGCUGUCCUUUAAUUCUUCCUCACCAAGCAAGACGGCCAAGAACAAGCGAUCAAGGCAUUCCCUCUCUCUUUCCCUUCACCCAGACUUCCUCUUGAAGGCGACGUGUAGCAGUCUCGUUGGAGCUCGAGCAAAGCUUCAGGAUAUACCCAAGAUUCAGCAACUCAUACUGCAGCGCAUCAGAGCCGCUAUAGCAGAGAGGCUCGGCUGGCCCCGGACGUUCGAUGUGGAGAUGCCGGACUUGGUACGGCGCAGGAGGCCGAGGCGCGAUCGAGGCGGGAAGAAAACAAACGCACGGGCAGAAGGAAGUCAGGAUGGGUCUUUUGAGCGGGGCUACGAGCAGGCCGAGUCGAGUCGAAUGGGAGGCAUAGCCGAGGAGGAAGAAUUGUCGAUGGGCGAAGGCGCCCUGCAGGACGUGUACCUAUCCAGUGGGUCUGCCGACGCCAUGGACCCUCAGCUUGCUCUGCAGGCGAGAAGAAGGAGAGCAAAGGCUCGAGCCCAAGCCGAAGCAACUGCCCGAGCUCGAGCUGAGUCCAGUGCGAGGACACGUUUGGACGAUGCCCAACAGACUCCCAAAGCGAACCGGACCGCCACGUCCACUGCUUUGCGCAAUGGGUCUGGACCUCCACCGAUGCCGAUGCCCCUAGGGGCUCAAAGAGGGUACAGCUACUCCUCAUCCAUAGCUCAGCCUCAUCUCGACACGAAUGGUGUCAAUGGUGUCGGCGCCGCUCGACAACGGGGUGGUCCUGCCAAUGGUAACAAUGGCUCUUCGCACUACACAUCCAUCUCCCGGCGUCCGCCCAACCCGCGAUACUCCUCCACUCCGGGCCAUGCCCCUUCGUAUUUCAACACUGGAGCAGUAUCAGGGGGAGGAUCCGGCACUUCAGGUCUCAAAGCGAGAGCUAGUCUUUCGCGGGGGCAGUCUGCGCUGGAGAAGAGGUUAGGGGAUGAAGAGAUGGAUACUUAUGGAAACGGGAGUGCAGAGGGACCUCGAGGGGGAAAGUUGCCCACAGUGAGGGAUUGGGUGCAGAGAAGUAACGGGGAGCUAUGAUGCGGAUCAGCCCUGUACAGAAUCUCGCAACGACACGAUUACUACUCGAUCAGUGCUGACAAGAUGACAG